AGGAGAGGAGGGUGGGCAAAGCAGGCACCGUUUCGAGAGUUUGUUGAAGCAAUCCACCCAUUCUCGUUCGGUUCCAUACAGGCAAGAGUACGUACAGUACUGUAUAUACUCCCAUCCCCCCGCCCAUCCACAAUGGCAGCAACCGCAACCACGCCGCUUGCGACUCCCCCUUCCCUUCCACCUCCACGCAAAACUUACCCGUCCCAUGUCCGUGCAGUCUCGUAUGGGAAGGCUUUGUUCGCCGACGCUGAUCUCCCCGCUGGAACGGUGGUGGAGCGGUUUGAGGGUGAAGUCGUAGAAUACGACCAAGUCUCAGAAAAGGACAAGACGUACGUGCUCAACUUUCUGCCGCCGGGCGAGACGGAAUGGAAAUGGCUUCUUCCCACCUCCGACGCACGAUUCGCAAACCACUCUUGCGACCCAAACGCGAAACUGACCAACCUCCAAAUCAUCCUCACGCGACCCGUGAAGAAGGAUGAGGAGAUUACGUUUUUGUAUAACCCGGGGGAUGAUACGGAUUAUUGGGAUCCGGCGUGGAACUUCAAGUGCUGCUGCGGAUCGACGGACUGCCAGGGAGAUAUAGACCGGUACCGUAAACCCAAAGCGUGAAAGACAGUACGGCGAGCGGACGAUUUGGCUGCAACGAGGUUGUGCGUGGGUGGGAGUGUGUGUGGAUGAUUCGUAUCCGAGGGACUUUGAGACGAUAUGUAGUUCGCAUCGGACGAUUGUCGGAAGAAGAUAGAGACGUUUCGGGUGCGAAUAUAUGCGGUUGGCGGAGUCAUCGGCACCUUGUAGCACCUGCGGCGGCUCUUCGUGGACCUGUCUACAGGAGAAUAUCCGAGUAGACUCUAUCUUCCGGGCCAGGGAAUGAUGAGGUGUCCGUUGAUGAGGCGUAAAGGCGG